AUGGCUAUCUCCAAGGUUCACGCUAGACAAGUCUACGACUCCCGUGGUAACCCAACCGUCGAGGUUGAGUUGACCACCGAGAAGGGUACUUUCAGAUCCAUUGUCCCAUCUGGUGCUUCCACCGGUGCCUACGAGGCCAUCGAGUUGAGAGACGGUGACAAGUCCAAGUGGUUGGGUAAGGGUGUCUUGAAGGCUGUUGACAACGUCAACAGCGUCAUCGCCCCAGCUUUGGUCAAGGCCAACGUCGACGUCAAGAACCAGAAGGCUGUUGACGAGCUAUUGUUGUCUUUGGACGGUACCCCAAACAAGUCUAAGUUGGGUGCUAACGCCGUCUUGGGUGUCUCCAUGGCUGCUGCCAAGGCCGCUGCCGCUGAGAAGAACGUCCCAUUGUACAAGCACUUGGCUGACUUGUCCAACUCCAAGCAGGACUCUUACGUUUUGCCAGUUCCAUUCUUGAACGUCUUGAACGGUGGUUCCCACGCUGGUGGUGCUUUGGCUCUGCAAGAGUUCAUGAUCGCCCCAACUGGUGCUGAGUCUUUCUCCGAGGCCAUGAGAAUGGGUUCCGAGGUCUACCACAACUUGAAGUCUUUGACCAAGAAGAGAUACGGUCCUUCCGCCGGUAACGUCGGUGACGAGGGUGGUGUUGCUCCAAACAUCCAGACUGCCGAGGAGGCUUUGGACUUGAUUGUCGACGCCAUCAAGGCCGCCGGUUACGAGGGUAAGAUCAGCAUCGGUUUGGACUCUGCUUCCUCCGAGUUCUACAAGGACGGUCUAUACGACUUGGACUUCAAGAACCCAGACUCUGACAAGUCCAAGUGGUUGACUGGUAAGCAGAUGGCCGAGAUGUACGCUUCUUUGGUCUCCAAGUACCCAAUUGUCUCCAUUGAGGACCCAUUCGCUGAGGACGACUGGGAGGCUUGGUCUCACUACUACAAGACCGCCGGCAUCCAGAUUGUUGCCGACGACUUGACUGUCACCAACCCUCUAAGAAUCAAGACCGCCAUCGAGAAGAAGGCCGCCGACGCUUUGUUGUUGAAGGUCAACCAGAUCGGUUCUUUGUCCGAGUCCAUUGAGGCUGCUCAGGACUCUUUCGCCGCUGGCUGGGGUGUCAUGGUCUCCCACAGAUCUGGUGAGACUGAGGACACCUUCAUUGCCGACUUGGUUGUUGGUUUGAGAACCGGUCAAAUCAAGACUGGUGCUCCAGCCAGAUCUGAGAGAUUGGCCAAGUUGAACCAAUUGUUGAGAAUUGAGGAAGAGUUGGGCUCCAAGGCUGUCUUCGCUGGUAAGAAGUUCCACAACGGUCAAAACUUGUAA